AUGGUCGUCUCUCUCGCCUCGACCGGCGGCGCAGCCAAGAUCUACUGCGUCAACGGCGGCGGCCUGUCGAGCAAGAACGCGGCCGCCUGGCUCGAGGCCAAGCUCUCGGACAAGAACAAGCGCCGCAAGAAGGGCGGCCAGGGUGGCACGGGCGGCGAGGGCGAGAUUCGGCUCAUCCAGGACUUUGACUUUCCCGAGGCGAGCAACAAGCUCAAGACGACGAGGGACGGGCGGUACCUCCUCGCGACGGGCACGUACAAGCCGCGCAUGAAGGUCUUUGACCUCGAGGAGCUCAGCAUGAAGAUGGAGCGCGUCACCGACAGCGAGAACGUCGACUUUGCUAUCCUGUCGUCGGACUGGACCAAGACGCUCCACCUUCAGUCGGACCGCUCGCUCGAGCUCCACACCCAGUCGUCGUCGCACUACCGCGUCCGCAUGCCUCGCCAAGGCCGCACGCUCGCGUACAACUUUCCGACGUGCGACGCCCUCGUCGGCGGCCUCGGCACCGAGGUGUGGCGCCUCAACCUCGAGGUCGGCCGCUUCAUGAAGCCCUUUGGGCUCGAGGGCGCGCCCGAGUACGACGGCGGCGAGGGCGGCGGCGUGCCCGGAUCGGGCGCGACGGGCGACGCCGUGACGGGCGUCAACGUGAUCGACAUCAACCCGGCGCACCAGCUCCUGUGCUUCGGCACCGAGACGCGCCACGGCCGCGGCACGGUCGAGAUGUGGGACCCGCGCAGCCGGUCCCGGGCCGGCAUCCUGCGCCUCCCGUACGCGUCGCUCGCCCAGUCGAGCAUGUCGAGCGCGACGCUGCAGCACCCGCGCCUGCCCGGCGUCGACGACGACUCGAGCACGGGCGGCGUCGCCGUCACGGCGCUCGCGAACCGCAACGACGGGCUCAACCUCGCCGUCGGGACGUCGACCGGCCACAUCCUCCUGUACGACCUGCGCGCCAACAAGCCGUACACGACCAAGGACCAAGGGUACGGCCUCCCCGUCAAGAAGGUCGAGUGGGUCGAGAGCUCGCCCGCGACGAGCAGCGACGCCGACCGCGAGGGUGGCUGGGUCGCGAGCGCCGACGAGAAGGUCGUCAAGAUCUGGGGCAAGGACACGGGCACCAACCUCGUCGCCAUCAACCCGCCGAUGCCGAUCAACGACCUGCACAUCUACCCGGGCACGGGCCUCGUUUUCCUCGCCAACGAGACGUCUCCCAUGACGGGCUACUACGUGCCGCAGCUCGGGCCCGCGCCAAAGUGGUGCCGGUUCCUCGACAACAUGACCGAGGAGAUGGAGGACGACCAGGUGACGACCAUCUACGACGACUACAAGUUUGUCGACCGCGCCGAGCUCGACGACCUCAACUUGACGCACCUCAUCGGUACCGACACGCUCAAGCCCUACAUGCACGGCUACUUUGUCGACCUGCGCCUGUACACCAAGGCGCGCGCGAUCGCCAACCCGUUCCAGUACGCCGAGCACCGCGACCAGCUCGUGCGCGACAAGCUCGCCGCCGAGCAAGAGUCGCGCAUCCGCGGCGCCAAGAAGGCGGCCGGCUCGCAGUCGGCCGGCAGCGGCGUCAAGGUAAACAAGGCGCUCGCCAAGAAGCUGCGCACCGAGGAAGAGCGCCAGCGCAAGCGCGAGGCGGGCGAGUUGUCGGACGACGACGAGGGCACCAAGCGCCGCAAGAAGAAGAACGCGGCGGCGGCGGGCGGCGCCGACGCGCCGAGCCUGCUCAAGGACGACCGGUUCGGCGACCUGUUCACCAACCCCGAUUUCGAGAUCGACGAGGAGUCGCGCGAGUUCCAGCUGCUCAACCCGUCGACCAAGCCGCGGCAGCACCAGGCGUCGGACGACGACGACGACGACGACGACGAGCAGGACGAGCAGGACGAGGACGAGGAGGCGUCCAACUCGGACAGCAGCGCAGAGGGCGGUGCGUCUCCCCCUCUCUCUCUUUCCUUUCCUCUUGCUCUCCCUGGCGCGAGACCUUGA